UCAGGUGGAAUUCAAGUCACGGAUCCUGCAGUCUUGUUAACUUGGAUGAAAGCUAUUGGGCACAAGAAAUGUAGUCUCGGUUCUUCAUCUAGGUUAUUUUCAUCUUCAGUUCAAUGGAUUUCUCCUCUGCAUUACCAGGGCAGGAAUUCUCCAUGGCCAGAUGCUCCUAUCGAGAGAGAUGGCACUUCAGAACAAGUGCCAAGAAAACGCAAGUAUAUAUCUCAUGAAUCCGCAGUCAAUUUGAUAAAACAAGAGAAGGAUGCACUACGUGCCCUGGAGAUCUUUAACAAGGUUUCUGAUCAGAAGGGUUUCAAUCACAAUAACUCCACCUAUGCUGUUCUUCUCCAUAGACUUGCUGUUUGCAAGAAAUUCGAAACAGUUGAGGCUAUUAUUCAUCAGAUGAAAUAUGAAACUUGCAAGUUUCAUGAAGGCGUAUUUACAAAUCUUAUGAAGCAUUACUCCAGAUCCUCUCUCCACGAAAAGGUUCUAGAGAUGUUUGAUGCAAUCUUGCCUAUUGUUCGGGAAAAGCCUUCCCUCAAUGCCAUUAGCACAUGUCUGAAUCUGCUUAUUGAAGCUAAACAGAUUGAACUGGCGAAGGAAUUUCUCUUAAACGUGCAGAAGCAUCUAGAUUUGAAGCCCAACACAUGCAUUUUCAAUAUCCUGGUCAAGUAUCAUUGCAAAAAAGGGGAUGUUGACGCUGCAUUUGUAGUAGUAGAAGAGAUGAGGAAGUCCAGAGUUUCUCAUCCUAACUUGAUUACUUACAGCACCCUCAUGGAUGGCUUAUGCUGCUGUGGAAGGCUUCAAGAUGCACUUGACCUUUUUGAGAAAAUGCUUGCUAAGGAUCAGAUUCCGCCAGAUGCAUUGACAUACAAUAUCUUAAUAAAUGCAUUUUGUCGUGCAGGAAAGGUGGAUAGAGCUAGGAACAUAAUAGGAUUCAUGAGGAAAAAUGGAUGUCAGCCAAAUAUAGUUAAUUACACAGCUUUGAUGAAUGGAUUUUGUAAGGAAGGAAGAGUUGGAGAUGCCAAGGAGGUAUUUCACGAGAUGAAGGGAGUAGGCCUAAAACCAGAUGUAGUAGGAUAUACAACAUUAAUAAAUUCCUUCUGUAGGGCUGGUAAGGUUGACGAAGGCAUCGAGUUACUUGAAGAAAUGAAGGAUAAAGGGUGUAAAGCUGAUGAUGUGACAAUAAAAAUCAUACUCGGGGGAUUGUGCAGAGCCUCCAGAUCAAGUGAAGCUUUCGAUAUGCUUGAGAGGUUACCUUAUGAUGGUGUCCAUCUAAGUAAGGAAAGUUACAGGAUCGUGUUAAAUUUCUUGUGUAAAGAAGGUGAGCCAGAAAAGGCGAUGAACUUGUUGGGUUUGAUGUUGGCUAGACGAUUUGUGCCCCAUUUUGCUACGUCAAAUGAAUUGAUAGUUCAACUAUGUGAGGCUGGAAAGGCAGCUGAUGCAGCUUUGGCAUUGUUUGGGCUGUUAGAGAUGUCGUUUAAGCCAGAGCCUCGGACAUGGAGUAUGUUGAUAGAUGUAAUAUGCAGGGAAAGAAAGUUGUUGCCUGCAUUUCAAUUACUUGAUGAGUUGGUUCUGCAUUAGUUACUACUUACAUGUGUUGUGAUUUUAGGCAUUUUGUAUUCUUCUUGAGUGACUUUUUUUUAUAAAAAAGAUAGUUGAAUAUGCCAAUUUCGGCGUCAUUAGGUUGCAAGCAGACAUCAACAUAUGCUCAUUGGAAGUUUAAUCUGC